GCCCCGGGCCCCCCAGGGCAGCAGGGGGCGCCCUCGCCGCGGCUCGGCUUGCCCCGGGGGGCCGGAGCGGGCGCGGAAGGCGGCGGAGAGCGGCAUGGGGCGGGUGCAGCUCUUGGAGAUCUGCCUGAGCCACGGCCGGGCCGUCUACGGCCCCGGGGAGCCGCUGAGCGGGGCGGUGCGCGUGCGCCUGGCCGCGCCGCUGGCCUUCCGAGCCAUCCGGGUGACCUGCACGGGUUCCUGCGGGGUCUCCAGCAAGGCCAAUGAUGCUGCCUGGGUGGUGGAGGAGAGCUACUUUCACAGCUCUCUGUCCCUGGCUGAGAAGGGGACUCUGCCUGCUGGAGAGCACAGCUUCCCCUUUCAGUUUCUGCUUCCUGCCACAGCACCCACGUCCUUCGAGGGUCAUUUUGGGAGGAUUAUGUACCAGGUGAGGGCAACCAUUGAGACGCCCCGCUUUUCCAAGGACCACAAGUGUAGCCGUGUGUUCUACAUCCUGAGCCCGCUGGAUCUCAACAGCAUCCCUGACAUCGAGCAACCCAACGUGGCCUCCACCACCAAGAAGUUCUCCUAUAAGCUGGUGAAGACGGGCUGUGUGGUGCUCACGGCCAGCACGGACCUCCGCGGCUACGUGGUGGGGCAGGUGCUGCGGCUGCAGGCCGACAUUGAGAACCAGUCGGGCAAAGACACCAGCCCUGUGGUGGCCAGCCUGCUGCAGAAGGUGUCCUACAAGGCUAAGCGCUGGAUCUACGACGUGCGGACCAUCGCCGAGGUGGAGGGGGCCGCUGUCAAGGCCUGGAGGCGGGCACAGUGGCACGAGCAGAUCCUGGUGCCUGCCCUGCCUCAGUCGGCCCUGCCGGGCUGCAGCCUCAUCCACAUCGACUACUACCUGCAGGUCUCCCUCAGGUCCCCUGAAGCCACCGUGACACUCCCAGUCUUUGUAGGCAACAUUGCUGUGCACCCCGGCAUGCUGAGCCCCCAGCCGGGCCCAGGGCUGAGUCCCAUGGCUCCAUGCCCCGUGGUGCCCUCUGCACCACCCCAGGAGGAGGCCGAGGCCACGGCUGGCGGCCUCCCCUUCCCGGACCCCGUCUUCCUCUCCACACAGAGCCAUUCCCAACAGCAGGCAGCAGCAGCCCGGGGCUCUGAGCUCCAGGACGGCAGCCCUGUACCCCGGGCCCCGCCCCUGUGCCUCUCUACCGGAGCCACCGUCCCCUACUUCGCAGAGGGCUCUGGGGAACCAGUGGCCACCGCCUGCUCCGUGAGCCUCCCGCCAGAGUAUAGCUCAUGGGGCUACCCCUGUGAGGCCCCACCGUCCUAUGAGCAGAGCUGUGCUGCCAAUGCUGAUGGCAGCCUCACCCCUGGGACCUGACCUCCACGCUGCCUCUCCCUGCCUCCUGACCCUUGGGAGCUAACCUUCGACUUCCGUGCUGCCUCUCCCGG